AUGUCCUGUCCCGAUGCGACCGUAACUCGGAUAUGGAUAUACGCGGAUGUUACUGGCAUGGAACCGGGUACGAAAGUUGACCGGUUUGCCCCGGGCAAAAUGGGGGCGACAUGGGAGUCUCGAUACGACCAGCCCCAGUCCACCUACGGCAAUCAUGGGCUGAGCCAGUACGUCAAGGCAUUGGACGGCCACCAUGACAGUGCCGAGGGCACGGCGGGCCGUCUGCGGAACAGGCUCAGGGAGGUCCGCAGCGAGGCGUGCACCAACGAGAGGAGCCUGGACAUUGCCAAGAGAUCUUUAGGCAGGAUAGAGUCCGAGAAACAGCGACUGGAGGUGCCCACCAACUCAAUUUUGCGCAACACGCAGCAAGUGCCAGAGAUGCCUGGGUUUUCGAGCCAUGCAUUGUUUCCAAUGCAGGCGUCUGCCGCUUCAGACAAGGCUUACAUACGAAAACUGGAAGCCAAGAUUUCGGCCACAAAAUCAUCAGCGGAUCUCCAGUCGCGCUGUGAGUUCUACAAAAACAAAGCCCGCGGGCUGGAGGAAGAGGUGCGCGCAUUUGAAGCUCGUUUGCACGCCAGCGAGGAGGUGUGCAGGCACAGAGGCGAGCAGGCCAGGCACCUGCAGAGGGCCCUGGACUUGAAGGCCAAGGAGCUGUCCGUGGACGCCGGAACCGACGUGCAAUCCCGCUUGCUGUGUGCAGUCGCAAAGGGGGAGGAAGACUGCAGCCAGCUGGCGGCUCAGCUAGCCGAUUCUCGUAACACAGUUCGGCGCAUGGAGGAGCAGCUGAGGAGCGUGGAUUCUGGCGGGCAGAACAAGAGCUGUCGCGGGCUCAGCUCUGGCACCGGGAGCGGGACGACAGUCGAGGCCCUGGAGCAGCAGCUGGCGGAGACGAUAGCCACCUGCCGGCAGCACGAGCGUGAGACCGAGGAAGUCCGGUCCCAGAUAAGGGAACUGCAGCGGAGGGUGGAGCGCGCCAUGCUGGAGAAGAGCGCCCUGGAGGAGAGGAUCAACAAAGAGAGGAACGACAAGGGCGACGUGGAGGGCAGGCUGCGGGACGCCACGCGGCUUGCGCGCAUGGAUGUGAGCAUGGGUUUCCCGAUCCCGAG